AUAAUCUUUCAAAGACCUGCACUGAGGAUGGCUGGACUCCAAUCAGCAUAGACUCCUACAUAAUGGACUGUGGAUACAAUCCCAACAGCACCAUGGAUGAUAAUACGGGAGAGUUCUUUGGCGCCAUCAAAGUGGGUUACACCAUUGGUCACAGCGUGUCGCUCAUUUCUCUGACGAUCGCCAUCAUCAUACUGUGUCUUUUUCGGAAGCUGCACUGCACAAGAAACUACAUCCAUAUGCAUCUUUUUGUAUCUUUCAUACUGAAAGCUGUAGCCGUUUUCAUGAAGGACAUGGUUCUGUAUGAUGUCGGGGAGACUGACGAUUGCCAGUCAUCUGUGGGCUGCAAGGCAGUGGUGGUCUUCUUCCAGUAUGGGAUCAUGGCAAGUUUCUUCUGGCUGCUGGUGGAGGGCCUCUACCUCCACACUCUGUUAGCUGUUUCCUUCUUCUCUGAGAGGAAGUACUUCUGGUGGUACAUCCUGAUUGGUUGGGGGGCUCCAACCAUCUUUAUCUCAGCGUGGGUGAUUACGAAGGCAUAUUUAAAUCAUCCGGGAUGCUGGGAGAUAAUCGAUGACAGACCAUGGUGGAUCAUCAAAACACCGAUUUUAGUUGCCAUACUAGUGAACUUUUUCCUCUUCAUCUGUAUAAUCCGGAUUUUACGACAGAAGAUGAAUUGCCCCGACAUCGGAAGAAAGGAAUCCAAUCAGUACUCGAGACUGGCUAAAUCCACUCUGUUGUUGAUACCUCUCUUUGGCAUAAACUACAUCAUUUUUGCCUUCAUCCCUGACCACAUCCAUCCACAUGUGAGGAUGGUGUUCGAUCUUAUCCUGGGGUCAUUUCAGGGAUUUGUUGUUGCAGUUUUGUACUGCUUUGUGAAUGGAGAGGUACAGGCGGAGAUUAAGCGUAAGUGGCGGAGAUGGAUGCUGCAGAGGUUCCUGGGUGCUGACACUAAGUACCAGCAACCCUCCAUGGGCAGCAAUGGAAACAACUUCAGCACCCAGAUCACUAUGUUUACCAAAUGCAGCCCUACAACACGCCGGGCAUCAGCAUGUCAGGAGCACCUCUCUGCCAUCUGAAACCCAUGUGAAGUUAACUCUCCUAUUUGUUUUUAUCAUUAUGUAGUUAAUGCGUGGCUCACAUGCACUGUUGCAAUAUUGGUUACUGAAGGUCAAUUUGACAUUUUAGUAGUGAAACUAAUAUUUGUUCCUUGUUAGUUUAUCCCUCACCCUCACCAAAUGACAGGUGAUGAGUGUUGUUCUUGCCAGGGUGGAAAGUCAUCUGAAACUUCUUUUGAAACUUAGCACCUGUUUAGUAAAUGGGUUAAAUAUUUACCUAUACCUAAGAAUUAAUUUCCAAGAUCAAGGUCAUUUUCUCAGGCUGUUCCAAUGUAGCUUUGAUCAGGAAACAACUUCCAUUGUACUGGAGGUUGACCGCAUUUUUACAUAAAGACCAGUGUCACACUGAGAUAUAUAUACUAUA